AUGCUAACCUCAACCGAAAUUACUUUCUUCUCUUCAGUUGUGUAUACACUCUUUGAUUCCGAGAAAUUCAGUAAUAAAAUUGAAUUACUCUGUUACAAAUUCGCAGAUCGCUAUCGGAAAGAAAUGAAGAAAGGGGUGCACCCACAAAAGCAAUGGAUUUCAUAUGUUACCCAAACCGGUAGAUUGAUGAAUGUGAUGAUGACAAAGAUACACCCUGUUGGUAAAGUCUACCACUUUCGUGCUAAGCGUCAAAUGGCUGAGAGUUUGGGACAGAUUGCCAAGUUCAGACGUCGGUUCGGGUUGGAAAAUCCAGAGGCCGGUGAAAAGAAAUGA